AUGUCGAGCAAUACGGGCAGCGACGGUGGAGGUUCUCUCGGCAGAAGAGUGAGGGGUGCAUGGGAAACACUAGAAGGGAUGGGAGAUAGCCUUCGCGGCGGAGCUAUGGACUUUGUGGAUUCUGCAACAAACACGGGUUCAGAACCUCAUCCGGAGACAGAGGCGGGAGCACGGAAGACAGAAGCAGGGAUUUCAGAGAUGAAGGGACGGGCCCCGGGCUCUGAGUCUUACGGAAACAGUCGCUCGGAGACAGCCACUGCUCAGCACGCGAGCACUACCACGUCUUCGGUACCCCCGCCGUUGCCAGCUCGUGGAGGGAAUACGUCGGAUGCUACUGGUGGUCAAAAACUCGAACACCAAGGUGGGAAAGAUGCAGGCAAGGACACUUGA